UUCGUUCGAAAGGAGAGUACACUCAAGGAAAGCCUACCCAGCCAGAUUAACAAAUAAGUAAAAAAAAAUCGUUUAGAGCUCUUUAAUUUUACGCAGAGUUCUAGUUUUCAACACAGCUGCAGUUCCUCGCUCCUUCACGGGACUGGAGAUUAUGGGCGCUAUGCCCUCCAAUUCCUGGCUGAAACCAGAACUCCAAGUAUCCAACACAAUUGUAUUGUACGUAAAAAUUCUACUGGUUUUAAUCAAUUAAGAUGUAACAGAUAACAGAUGAACGUUCCCCACUCCAAAAGGGUAUGAAACAUUGAAUGGGUAGUUGUUGGGCGGUUAAGACCUUUGGGCACACAUCAAAAGCAAUCUUCCCAAGAGACUUCAUAGGAAUAAGGAGGUACUUCUUCUGUUCAGCCUUGUUGCUUCAGCACCAAAAUUGUUCAAUUAGAAUUGUUGUUAGCUGCAAGCUCAAAAAUCCCAUCUUGUUUAUUGAAUCAUAUGGCCUCUUUCCAAAUGCUCAUCCUCUCUUUUCUGUUAAUUCACUUAAUUUUUCUACUGUCUUUCAAUCAUCCGCCAAAAUGCCCCAAAGAGACCCACAUCAGCAGUAUACCCAGUUUUACAAUGUCCUUGAUCUCCUUAAAUCCUCCGUGGGAAGACCCAACCUAGCAACAGCCACAACCGCCCAUUGCUUAGCAAUCAAGAUUGGUGCUCUUGCUCACUUGCCAGCUUGCACCUCUCUCCUCACUGCUUAUUCAAGAGCCAAAGAUUUCAACUCAUCCUUGGCUUUAUUUGACGAAUUUGAUGACAAAGAUAUCAUCUUUUGGAAUGCCAUAAUCAGUGCUGCUGUUGAAAAUAAGUCUUAUGGUGUUGCCAUGCAGUUUUUUGUUGAAAUGGUUGAAGUGGGUUGUGGUUUUGAUUCUACAACUUUGUUACUUGUUGUGUCAGCUUUAUCCCAUAUGAAGUACUCGAUACAGGGGAAGAGUCUUCACUGUUUGAGCAUAAAACUGGGAAUGCUUUGCGAUUGUAGUUUAUGUAAUGCUCUAUUAGACAUGUAUGCUAAAUGUGGUGACUUGACCUCUUCUGAGUCUAUGUUUGCAUGGAUGGAAAGUAGAGAUGCUGUUUCUCGGAAUUCAAUGAUAAAUGGUUUUCUUUAUAAUGGUCAUCCUGCAAAGUCCCUGUGGUGUUUCAUAGAGAUGAUUUGUUUGGGAGUUAGAGUGGAUACUGUGAGUUUAUCAAGUGCUAUCUCAGCAUCUACUGCUUUGGAGGAGUUAACUUCUGGUCAAGCCAUUCAUGGAUGGGGAAUAAAAUUGGGGUACAAAUCUGACAUCUCGUGUUCCAACUCUCUGAUUUCAUUAUAUUCAAAGCACGGAGAUACUGAAGCGUCAGAGUUAGUGUUUAAUGAAAUGGUGUAUAAGGAUGUCAUUUCAUGGAAUGCGAUGAUUGGGGGGUUUGCUUCAAAUGGAAAGACUUUGGAAUCGUUUGAUCUGCUUUACAAAAUGCAACUAACAGGAUAUGCUCAGCCUGACGUAGUGACUUUAGUUACCUUAAUGUCACUUUGUGCAGAGAGGAUGUUAUUGAGAGAAGGGAGAACUAUUCAUGGAUAUGCAAUUCGUAAACAGAUGAUAUCAGAUGCACUGGUGAUUAAUAGCCUUUUGGACAUGUACUCAAAAUGCAAUUCUGUUGUCAAGGCUGAGUUUUUGUUCAAUACAAUACCAAAAAGAGACUUGGUCUCAUGGAAUACAAUGAUCUCUUGCUACAGCCAAAACAGGCAGCCUAAAGAAGCUCAAAGUUUAUUUAAGAAACUGAUCCAUCAGUAUUCACAGUGGAGUUUGUCAACCCUAUUGGCUGUUCUUCCAUCUUGCAUUUCCCCCAAUUCCCUCCAGUUUGGUAAAUCAAUUCACUGCUGGCAGCUAAAGGCAGGGUUUUCAAGCAACAUUCUUGCAGUUAAUUCUCUCAUGCACAUGUAUAUUAAUUGUGGGGACUUGACGGCUGCUUUUAUGUUGCUAGAGAAAAUUUCUGCUAAAGAGGACAUUGCUUGUUGGAACACUAUAAUUGUUGGUUACACGCAGAAUGGCCAUUUUCGAGAAGCUUUAGCUACAUUCAAUAUGAUGAGGCAGGAAACAAAUGUUAGCCAUGAUGCUAUCACGCUUGUAAAUGUCAUAUCUUCUUGUGGAAAUCUUGCCUUGAUUUAUGAAGGAAAAUCCUUACAUGGUCUUGCUAUUAAAACUUUUUCAGGAUCAGAAACUCGGGUGCAGAAUUCAUUAACUACUAUGUAUGGCAGAUGCGGUCACACUAAGAGCGCAAGAUCAGUGUUUGGUUUCUGUUCCAGUCGAAACUUAUGUUCGUGGAACUGCAUGAUCUCUGCUUUUUCCCAGAAUAAGGAUGGAAGAAGGGCCCUUGAAUUAUUUCACUCUCUUGAAUUUGAACCUAAUGAAAUCACCAUUGUUGCCCUUCUCUCUGUUUGCAAUCAGCUUGGAUUUUUAAGGCAGGGAAAACAGAUCCAUGGUCAUGUAUUCCGGUUUGGACUUUUUGAGAAUUGUUAUGUAUCUGCAGCCCUUCUGGAUAUGUACAGCAAUUGCGGAAGGCUGGAUGUAGCCUGCCAAAUAUUUACAAAGUCAAGGGAGAAGUCUGUUGCAGAUUGGAAUUCUAUGAUAUCUGCAUAUGGAUACCAUAGUAAUGGUAAAAAGGCAGUUCAACUAUUCCAUGAAAUGUGCGAGUCCGGAUUUAGACCAUCCAAAAGCACGUUCAUAAAUCUUUUAUCAGCUUGCAGUCAUUCGGGGCUUGUCAAUGAAGGUCUUUGGUAUUACAGCCUUAUGUUGAGUGAAUAUGGAGUAGAACCAGUAACUGAGCACCAGGUGUGCAUUGUCGAUAUGCUGGGUCGAGCUGGAAAACUGCAAGAAGCCCACGAAUUCAUCAAGCAGAUAGCAAGAGAGCCUGAACCUGGCGUUUGGGGAGCCAUGUUAAGUGCUUGUAACUAUCAUGGAAACAUCGAGAUGGGAAGAAAGGUUGCAGAACAUCUUUUUGGAUUGGAACCUGAAAAUGUUGGCUAUUACAUUUCACUGGCCAACAUGUAUGUCAGGGCAGGAGGAUGGAAAGACGCCAUGGAGUUGAGGCAAACGAUUCAGGAGAGAAAAUUGAAAAAGCUGCCUGCUUACAGUCUUAUUGAUGUUGGUUCCAUGUGAAAAUGAUCACACCAUUAUUCCUUCAAAUAUUCCAGUUUUAUACUACUAAUAUAACCUAUUUGCCAACCAACCAAUUUUCUUGAUACCCUUUCAUGUUCAAGUAAAUCUAUUGCU